GUUUCUCGUACUUCCAAUUUCUCUCCCUUUUAUUUAUUUAUUUUUAUUUUUCGCCCUCCUUUUUCUCUGUAAUUCGCCUGAGAAAAAUUGAGGGGAAAUAAUUCCGUUAUCUCGCCGGGAAAGUUGUUCUUCCUUCUUCAUGGCUUCAGAUUUUGCAUCAAGUAUUCCUGCGGAGCUAGAUUCAGCCUUGAGGUUAAAGACUGUUCAGUACUUCGUCACAAAAAGACCGUGGCUUGAUCUUUAUGGUAUCAAUGUUAGACCUGUUGCACCAUUUGGAAGUGUGAGUAGAAAACCAUAUGUUGAUCCGGCACUGAUACAUCGUAGCUUGCCUGAUGAGCUGCUUUUUGAGGUAUUUGCACGAAUGAAUCCGUAUGACUUAGGAAGGGCAUCUUGUGUUUGUCGAAAAUGGAGGUACACAAUUCGUAACCCUGUGUUUUGGCGCAAUGCAUGCUUAAAGGCCUGGCAGCUCUCUGGAGUAGUCGAAAAUUACAAGACUUUGCAGUCGAAGUAUGAGGGUUCAUGGAGAAGAAUGUGGCUUUUGAGACCAAGGGUCCGUACUGAUGGUCUUUAUGUGAGUAGGAAUACUUAUAUCCGUGCUGGAGUUGCAGAAUGGAAGAUCACUAAUCCUGUUCAUGUGGUCUGCUAUUUUCGUUACAUAAGAUUUUAUCCUUCUGGCCGAUUUGUUUACAAGAAUUCAUCCCACAAGAUGAAGGAUGUUGUGAAAUCCAUGAAUUUUCGUGCAGCUAAGGCAGACUGUGUUUACAGUGGCCAUUACACAUUGUCCGACGAUAAGGUUGAAGCUGCAAUUUUGUAUCCAGGCAUGCGACCUACUGUAUUGAGGAUCCGCUUGAGGGUGAGAGGAACUACAGCAGGGGCAAACAAUCGGAUGGAUUUACUUUCACUCGUUACAAGUGGAGUAAACAGAAAUGAGGUCAACGGCCCGGGUGAAGAUAUCCUAGGAGUAGUGGAAGGGUGGCAGGAUGACGAAACACACAAUCCAGAUGUGCCUGCUGUCUCACACAAGAGGGGUAUGACACCCUUUGUGUUCGUUCCUUUUGAAGAGGUUGAGACUUCAGUUUUGAAUCUGCCAGUGGACAAGAUGGAUUACUUUGUACCCGGCUGAGAACUCGACCGAAGGGGUUCUUAUUUGUAAAUAUAUUGUAAUACAGAAGCAUUUAAGUUUGUUAUGACUCAUUUAUUUGUUUCAAAUGUUGGAUUAAUAAUGCCAACAAAGAUGGGUGUUAGAAAUGUGUCUUUUUUUUUUUUUUGCCCUUUUUCUUGGCUGUUGUUGUACGAUGGCUUUUGCCCUUUUUAUGGGUAAAAUUUAGAAUGAUAAACUGAGCGGAACUCCUUUAAUGUAUGUAUA